AUGGCGACCGUAGACAAGCGUAGCAGAAAAACCGCGAUUGCGGCCGCCGACGCCGACCUCCUCGCGUCUCUCGGGUACAAGCAAGAAUUCAAACGAGCAUUCACCGGGCUGGAGACGUUCGGUAUUGCCUUCAGUAUAAUUGGCUUGCUUCCAUCCAUAGCGUCUGUCCUCGUGGACUCUAUUCCCAAUGGAGGGCCUUCUGCCAUGGUCUGGGGCUGGCUUGUGGCAAGCAUCUUCAUCCUCUUUGUCGGCAUGUCAAUGGCAGAGCUGGCGUCAGCCGCCCCUACAUCUGGAGGGCUCUAUUUUUGGACGCAUUCGCUCUCCUCUCCUCGCUGGAAGAAUCUCCUAGCCUGGAUCGUUGGAUGCACAGAUGCGAACACCAUUGGUUCAAUUGCGUCGGUCGCGUCCAUAGACUGGGGGUGCGCAGUGCAAAUCACCGCUGCCGCGAGUAUCGGCUCCAACCAGGCGUUUUCGGCAACAAACGCGCAAACAUUUGGAGUCUACUGCGCCGUGGUGAUCACCCAUGCCCUGAUCUGCUGCUUUGGAACCGAAAUCCUGGCUCGGCUGCAAACGGUUUACGUCGUGCUCAACAUGAUACUGUGUCUUGCAGUAAUCAUUGCUCUCCCCGCGGCAACUCCUAAGGAGUUCCGGAACACUGCCUCUUACGCCCUGGGCAACUUCACGAACACAAGUGGGUGGCCCGAUGGCUACGCGUUCAUUCUGAGCUUCCUGUCGCCUUUGUGGACGAUUUGCUCGUUUGAUUCCAGCGUGCACAUCAGCGAAGAAGCGUCGAACGCUGCGACUGCAGUCCCGUGGGCGAUUGUGUACGCCAUCGGCAUUGCUGGAGUGCUCGGAUGGGCAAUCAACGUCGCGCUGGCGUUCUGCAUGGGCACCGACCUCGACAGCAUCCUCAACAGCCCGAUCGGCCAGCCUAUGGCCACCAUCUUCUUCAACAGCUUCGGCCAGAAGGGCACGCUGGCGCUCUGGGCUGUUGUCGUCAUCGUACAGUACAUGAUGGGAUCGAGUAUGGUUCUCGCAGCUUCCCGCCAGUCCUUCGCAUUCUCGAGGGAUGGCGCACUUCCCUUCUCAAAGUACCUUUACCGGAUGAACCGCUUCACUGGAACUCCUGUGAACACUGUCUGGUUCACCGCGAUAUGCUCCAUCCUGCUCGGUCUUCUCGUUUUCGCCGGAGAUGCUGCAAUCAAUGCUGUUUUCGCGAUCUCUGUCACUGGGCUCUACAUUGCUUACGCGAUCCCCAUUGCUGCACGCUUCUUGGGGACUAACGAUUUCGAACCGGGACCCUUCAAUCUCGGCGUGUGGAGUAUGCCUGUGGCCAUCAUCUCUGUUCUGUGGAUGGCAUUCAUGGGCACGGUGUUCCUCUUCCCGGGAUCGCCUCAGACCGACGUUGCGGACAUGAACUACACAGUGGUUGUCCUGGGCGGCGUUCUUGUCCUCUCCCUGGUGUGGUACUACUUCCCGGUGUAUGGUGGCGUGCACUGGUUCACGGGACCUGUGCCGACGAUCGAGAAGACCUCCGCAGCCGAAUCCGAGCGUGCGUCGACCUCUGACUCGCUGGAGAAGAAGAGCGAAGGAGUCAGGGUCGGCGAGCUGGCUGCUUGA